GCUUGCAGUUGCUAGAGAAAAGGGACAUGUUAGAGGCUGGGCAGAGCUGCGGGACCGUACGUCUAGUCGGGGUAACGGACACCCUUUCAGACAUGGGCUACUUUGCCCAAAGAGGAAGGAGACGACAUUGAACUCUGUAGCUACAACCUGGGCUCGGUGUGGUGUUUCUGGACGCUCAUAAGCAGGAGUUAUUUAAUGUUUAAAAUGUGGGAGAUGGUGUCGUUACCGAGAGCGAGCUCUCCCUUCCUGUCGUCUAGGACAAGAUGGCAGCAAUGCAGGCGAACUGUGCAUGGUAUGGAUUUAUAAGUCCGUAACAUGUUCAGAGAAGCCCUGGAUUAUACUUAUAGUGACUCUAUGUGAAGGUAUGGCCUCACAAGUCUUGGUCUACCCACCACACAUUUAUCAAACCCAGACAAGUGCCUUUAGCAGUGUGAAGAAACUCAAAGUUGAGCCCAGCAGUUGUGUGUACCAUGAGAGGGCACACCCGCGGACUUAUCUGAACAGCAGAACCCUUGGCAUUGUGCACCCAACAAAACAAGCCCACUCAUUUGUGAGCCGAGACUUGGCAGUGGGCGUGAAAGAGCGUGGAAGACAAGAGUACCCGGUGCAGACAUUGGUGGUGCGUGGCGUACAGAGACAACAGCCCAAAAGAGGAGGAGGAUCAGGCCCAGCUGCGGCCCAGCAGCGAAAGGACGCAGGGGUUGUCCACUCGCAGGGCAAGAAGCAGCAGCAGACAGACACAGCAAGUGGGGGCAGCAGUGGAGCAACAGGGGCAGGAGGAGGGGGAAGGGGAGAGGGCUGCAGUGGAGGAGGUGAGGGAGGUGGAGAGGAAGAGGGUGACAGAGAAGAGAACUGUGGAGGUUUGAACUCAGCUGACAGCUCUCAGCGAUGUGGGCUGAAACGUAAAAGUGAGGAGCUGGAUAACCGAGGGAGCACCAUGCAGAUUGUGGAGGAACUGUCAAUGUUGCCUGCCAUGUUGCAAACGACGAAUGUGGGGAAUGCAACCAUGACUGUGCCUACGGCCGUGGGGGCUGGAGGUGGCCCCUCCAAACAGGGUGUAGGGCCUGGGGGUGUAGGUGCAGCAGGAGGGACGGGAGGAGGGGAUGGGGACUAUCAGGUAGUACAGCAUGAAGUCCUGUGUUCCAUGAAGAAUACUUAUGAAGUGCUGGAUUUCUUGGGACGUGGCACAUUCGGCCAGGUUGUAAAGUGCUGGAAGAGGGGCACGGGUGAGGUAGUGGCUGUGAAGAUCCUGAAGAACCAUCCUUCAUAUGCACGGCAGGGUCAAAUCGAAGUCGGCAUCCUUGCUCGUCUGAGUGGGGAGAAUGCAGAUGAGCACAACCUGGUGCGAGCAUUUGAAUGCUUCCAGCACCGCAGCCACACCUGCCUGGUGUUUGAGAUGCUUGAGCAGAACCUGUACGAUUUCCUUAAGCAGAAUAAGUUCAGCCCGCUGCCCCUGAAAGUGAUCAGACCUGUGCUACAGCAGGUAGCUACAGCUCUGAAAAAGCUGAAGAGCAUGGGUCUGAUUCAUGCAGACCUCAAGCCAGAGAACAUAAUGCUGGUGGACCCAGUGAGGCAACCCUAUAGGGUGAAGGUGAUAGACUUUGGCUCAGCCAGUCAUGUGUCCAAAGCAGUGUGCUCCACGUACCUCCAGUCUCGGUACUAUAGGGCUCCAGAGAUUAUUUUGGGAUUGCCGUUUUGUGAAGCCAUAGACAUGUGGUCCCUAGGCUGUGUGAUUGCUGAACUUUUUCUGGGCUGGCCCCUUUACCCUGGGGCCCUGGAGUACGACCAGAUCCGCUACAUUUCUCAGACGCAAGGUUUGCCAGGAGAACAUUUAUUGAAUGCGGGGACAAAGACAGCACGGUUCUUUUGCAGAGAGUCCGAAUCGCCUUAUGCAGCAUGGAGACUAAAGUCAACAGAUGAGCAUGAGACGGAGACAGGAAUGAAAUCAAAGGAAGCCAGGAAGUACAUCUUCAGCUGUUUGGAUGACAUAGCGCACGUGAACUUGGUGAUGAAUCUGGAAGGUAGUGACUUGGUAGCGGAGAAGGCAGACCGUCGGGAGUUUGUGGGCCUGCUGAAGAAGAUGUUGUUGAUUGAUGCAGAAGAGAGGAUUGCCCCUGCCGAAGCUCUCAGCCACCCCUUUGUGACAAUGCAACACCUGCUCGACUUUCCCCAUAGCAACCAUGUGAAGUCAUGUUUCCACAUCAUGGAUGUUUGCUGGACUCGCCCCAGUGCAUAUGAGGUGACCAACAGAAAUAAAGGGCCUUUCAUCAGACCUGUGACCACAACCGCUGCUGCCUCUGUCAACCACCCAUUCAGCAAGAUGGCCGGUGUCCACACUCAAGGGUUAGCCCCAUCAGCCACCUCAGUGAUGCACCCUGGGAUACCACUGCAGACAGGAAGUGGUCAGUUUGGAUGCAAUGAUUCAUUUCAGCAGGCACUCAUUCUAUGUCCCCCAACCAUUCAAGGAAUCCCCACCAACACAGCUAAACCAGCAGGCUACUCUGUUCGAAUGGAGGCUUCUGUGCCUCUGGUCACUCAAGCACCCCCCAUCCAGCCCAUACAAAUCAGACCUGGAGUCAUCACACAGGCCUGGUCCAACCGUGCACAGCAGAUCUUGGUGCCCACUUGGCAGCAGGUGACAUCAGUGCCCCCACCACCAACCACUUUGGCAUCUGACUCUGUGGCGGGCUCACAGAGAUUGGGUGACUGGGGGAAAGUGCAUCCCCAUGGUAACCAUUACAGCUCCAUGAUUGCACACCCUCAGCCAUUCUUAACCAACCAAAUGACCAUGUCCACCCACCAGCCAAUCAACAUAGGCAUUGCACAUGUGGUGUGGCCACAGCCAGCUGCCAACAAGAGAGCCAAGCCUUGUGUGAACAGGGGCAGCAACUUCUCCCAAAACACGAACAUCCAAAAUUUAGCAUGCCAGUCCCCAAAGAUGGCCGAUACAGCAAAGAAUGUGGAGGAGGCAGAGGAGGAGGCCAGAUGCCCAGAGACAGGGCAUACUGCUGGAGUGGAGCAGGGAACAGAGCAGGUGGAGGAAGAUGAUGAGGAGAACAUUUGUAAAGUAGAGCCAGAUUGUGAGGAGCUUUCAGUUUCGCAGGAGCAGCGGCAGGCCAUGGUGAUCUCUGACCUUGCCAGCCCAACCGUUAGUGUCAUCAGUAUCAGCAGCGACGAAGAGGAGAGUGCACAAAGACACUCGAUGGGGGAGUGUAAGGGUAGUGCAGAUUGUGAGGCGUGUCAGAGCACAGUCAGUAUGGAGAGAGUCUGCUCCCUCAGUAGUCCAGACAGCACGCUCAGCACCAGCUCUUCAGCCUCAGCCCAGUCCAGCACCUCACCCUGCAAACACCCCAACAGUAUGUCAGACGAUGAACAGGAGAGUGGUUGUGACACAGUGGACAGCUCACCUGCCUCAGACACCUCUGGCCAUAGCAACAGUCCCUUCACAGAGCGACGCUUCAUCGCUGACCGCAACCAGAACUGUGAGCCCCGUGUUGCGUGUGUUGCCCCGGAGACCGAGCCUAGCAAGCCAACAGUCCGUACUGUUGUGGUUCCUCCAAUGAGGAUGCAGAACAAUAACAACAACCCUGCUGUCAACGAAACAUCUGGCAACACAGGUCACAUGGCCUGGGAUUACGCUGUCUCAGUAGGCCACAGAGGUACUCACAGUCUUGGAGUCUUCAUGCCAGUCCAAAGUACGAGGCAUUCCUGGGCGACAACAUCACCACUCCACUUCCCUCCUCAACAGGCCGCAGAAGAUCACCCCUGCAUUCCAGCCCCAGCAACAGCAGCCUAUAGGCUUUGGGCAGGUGCAGCAUUUCAGUUCCUGCCAUCAGGAAUGGAAUGGCAACUUUUCCCACCGGAGACCACAGGCCUAUAUCCCUCCCACCAUGCAUGGGCACACAUUCACCCUGUCCCACAACAGCCCAAACCACACUACGGGCCCCCACCCCCACCUUGGGGGCCACCCGCAUUCCCAGCCUACUUUACUGUCCUAUCCCCCGUCUGGUCCUCUGGUCACGGCUGCACCCGUGGCCCACCUCCUGGCUUCCCCUGUAGCCUCCCGCCCCGUCCUCCAGCCCGCCUACAGCAUCUCCCACCCGGCAGGCCUCGUGCAUCAGGUCACAGUGGGCAUCAACCCCCGGCUGCUGCCCUCCCCCACCUUGCACCACCAGGGCCAAUUCAAGCCCCUCUUUCCCCCGCACUCUUACAUCGCCUCGCCCGCCUACGCCAGUUUCCCUCUCAGCCCCACCAAAAUAAACCAGUACCCUUACAUCUGAGCAUGGCUGCCCGGGUCCCCUUCUUAUCGCCUGACGGCUAAGAGCAGGGCAAAUUCUAUCUUAAUCCACAAACAACAUGGUUUUCAUCUCCAAAACCAUGGCACAACCACAGAGAAAGCAAGCUAUUUUUUGAAUCAUGUAGACUUGGGUGAAAUUGAACUUCAAGCUUUAAAAAAAAGAAAAGGAAAAAAAAGAGUUCCAAUGGUGGAGAUGAUUUGGGCAAAAAUUUAAGAAGGAAAUAAUGUAUGAAUGAUUGAAUGAAAGAAUGAAUGAGUAGUUAAACUCACACUUAAUGUGUUUUGCACAUUUGAUAUAUCUUUGCAUUGGAUCUUCUACGAAUACUCCUCAAAACAGGUAAAUAAUUGGGGUGGUGUUGAAUAGUUAGACUUUGCACCCCUGAUCCCAGCUAUUUUUCUAUAUUGCCUUCUUACGUGUGCAAGACACAUCCAUAUUUGUAAAGCCAUCCCAGUCUCUAGCUCUAGAUCGACAGAUGCACACGUCGUCCACAGUGUAUGUUGUACUGCGUUUGAAGUAUUUGUACCUUUUCGGUGUCUUUUGGUGUUAGCAAUGUCAAGUCAAUUAACCGAUUUUAAAUAGGGUUGUUCCUCACGCUGCAUGUGGUCUUGCAUGAGCAAAAAUGUAAACGGAAAGACGCAUAGACGUUGCUCUUAUUGUUUGUGUCACAAGACUCGCUGCAUUGUAUAACUGUCCCCAGCCAUAGUGCCUUACAUAUUUGAGGUUGUUAAUGUUACUACUUAUAUAUGACUAUAUACAUGAAUAUUAAUGUACUGGACUGCAGCACUUGAAAUUCCAAUCAGUCGAUGCAUCCUACGUGUGAGUGUAUAUAUACACACAUGUGUAUAUGUCCACGCAUAGCCUGCAUUGAUGUGAUGUAUCACGGAUAGCGGUGCUUAUUAUUUGAAGUCAGUGUAAAUUUCAGUGUGUAGUGAGUUACUUUUUCUGUUCUUUCAAGAAGAACAGCAUGCUUUGCUGUUGCGAAUGCUUACUGUUUCAUUAAAUUUUUUUUUUCGUUCUCCUUUUCCCGAAUGAACUAGUGUACAAAGUGCAAGUACUGAGUAUUGCUUAAUAUUUGAUAAUCACUUUCUAUUUAGUGAAACUCUUAUUACAAACAGUAUUUGUACUGUUUGAUGAAACUGCAAUACAAUCUAAAUAGUCGUUGAUUCUUUUUUCUUUUUCGUCUUUGUAUUUUCAUUUUGAGUGUUUUCACUUUGUUUCUUAGAUGUUUAGAAGUGUGGUGGGCAUGGCUUUGAUUAGGUAAGGAAAAAAUGCAAAUUAAUUCACGGUAUGGAAUCUUCUAAGCCUAAGCAAACCAUGCAGUAUUUGAUAUACACACAUAUAUGGACAUAUAUAAUAGAGCUAGACUAUUUAGUACAGAUGCUUGAUAAGGUGUGAGUUAAUUGUGUGCAAUUCUCAUUUAUGCAUGUGUGACAAAGUUAACUUUUCCCUUUACAUUAUACCAUUUGUUAAAGGCUUAAAGCUUAUCGGUGUCGACUGCUUAUUUUAUACAUUCCGUCAGGGAGGAUAUAUACAUACACAUACACACAUAUAUACAUAUAUAUAUAUGUGUAUAUAUAUGCUGUGUGUGCAUUUUUCUGUUCAUUUUACUAGUUACGUGUGUAAUUUUUUUUGUCUUUUAUUUUCAAAUGAAGUUGCUUGUGCAGCACCAAAGACUGUAAUUAAUUUCCUGAGCAAGGUAGCUAUUCUGUUUGCAUAGACCUCAGUUAUACUGUAGUUGUAGAAUGGGGUUAAAUUAAAACAAACAAAAAAAUUGUAUUUAAAAAAUGGCCGAGGUUUUGUCUAGCUUAUUGGGCAAUUAAUAAGUCGUAUCAUUUCUUCUUGAAUGUAUCAUAGAUAAGCUGCUAUAUGAUGAUUGCCACUUCAAUAGCUGUGAAAUUAGGUGAUUUCUGAGUUUAAACCUAGCGUUGCUAUUUUUUGUAUAGGUCCCUAAUUAUCUGAAAUAGAAGUGGUUUGAUUUUUGUGUUUUGCGUUCAUAUUUGGAGUGUCAUUGUAACUACUGUAUUGCUGAUGAUGAACAUUAGUUGCAUUUGUUGUUUCUCGGGGUGUGUGUUUUUGCAUCAGUAUUUUAUCCUUAUUAACCUUUUGGGCUCAUCACUGCAUAUAAAUGAUGUAUCGAUGUAACUUAAUUUUUGUAUGUUUUCAUAUUGACGUUUUGUACACAUCUAAAGCUGUAGCUUGCAGGAUUGAUUUAACUUUUUCAUUGUAUGUAUACGGUAUACUACAGUACUCUUUGGUAUGUUACAGGGGCACUGUGAGAUGCCAGGAAAAAAAAAUCUGUUGUGUUCAUUGAACAGCUUCUGUAAUGUUUCCACCAAUUACACAGAAACAUACUCACCACUAAGCUCUCAUACAGGUAGUUAGGCUUGUAAAGGUUUGGGUGAUUAGACUGUGUCCAAAAAUAAAUUUAGCCCAAUGUUUCUGUUCUAAAAUAAUGUUUUAAAACUUGUUUUACUGUUAAAUUGAUUUGAACAAAUAUUUAUUGCAACCUUUUAACUGUUCAAUGUUUUAUCUGGCUGGAAUAUCAGUAUCACAUGUUAUUCUAAACUGCCUUGUGUUCGGAUCGCUCUCCCCUUUAUGAGUGUCUCAUAUCAAAAUUAUGUUUUGUCAAUGCAAAACUGUGGCCAUUUUUAUGUGUUCCUUACUGAAAUUGAGACAGUGUGAGCAGCACUGCGUAUGUGCCUUGAGAUUCAGAAAGUGAGAGUUCAAGAUGGUGAUUUCCUCACCUCUUAUUUGAGGAGGAAGGCAUAGAAUCCAGUUAACAGUCUUUUAACGGCCACAUGACCAGGAAUAAAAACAAAACAAAACAAAACACACAAAAUAGGACUUCAUCACAGUGUCAUGCCAGGGACUUGUACUCCUCUGAUCAGCUUGUAGACAUGGCAGGGGACAUGUACAUGAUGGUGGUUCUCCUGUUUCAGAUAGCCGCCACCAAAGCCUCUCUGAUGAAACACACACAUACACUUUGAAUGAUAUGACACUCAACGAUCUUUGGAUAGUCACUCUGGCUGAACAGCAGAUGCAAUACUUUACAUUGUGCUGUCAUUGCACCACCAAGUGUUCUUAGAUAAUCUCCAUGCUUUACAUUACCUUGCAUGUACAUUUAAGUUGCUUCACUUUGUCUGCCUAGAAGCAGUAUACUCAAAGUAGCUUUUCCAUUGUGCAAGUUAAGACUGAGCGGGAGUAACCAUAGCACAGUUGACAACACUGGCCUUUAAAAUCAGAGGGAGCCAUGCUUUAUAUCCAGUGUAGUCUAUCUGGAUGUUUAUUCUGUGUUCUAGAUGGAAAACUGCUCUGUCAAGGAGAUUAUUGUGGUUUCUCUGCACAGUCAGUCAUGAGUGCAAUACUCCACAUUUGAACGCUGACAUUGAUAUGGUUGUAUGUUUUUUUUUUUGUUAGCUUUUUUUUUCCUUACCUGUAUGCUUUACGGAUCAUACUCGAGUAUCAUUUUGGGAAAGAAAGGUUAUGAUGACAAGGCAUGCACUUGGCAGAUUAGUGCUUGAAAUAGUUCCCCAAUAAUAAGCAUGUGAAAUGUAUUCUGUGUUUUGAUUCCUCCAAAGGUAUUCACCAGCAAUGCGCCUGCAUAAACUCUCCCAUACGUGUUAGGAAAAGAAUGGAUGCAAGAGGAGAGAAAUCUUAAAACUGUUUUUAAUUUUCCACACGAUUGACACCUUGGUUUAUGGAUAUGGAUAACUUUUUUUGUUUGAGGAUUCAUGUAACAUUUAACAGAUAAAACAGUUGUUUGUAAAAUUACUACUAUUAAAGUUAUGACUUUGAUAUCAGAAAAAAAAAUCCUCUGCUGCGGUAUUAUCCUUUAGAGAUGUUAAUUCAGGGUCUGUAUUAGUCUAAAUGUGCUACUGUGUUACCCUUUGAUUUGAUGAGGUUUGCUUUACACAAGCUCUUAUUUUCAGUUUUCUGGUCAUCUGUAUCAAUUUCAGAGUUAAUUCACACUGCAAGUUAUGGAAUCAUCUGUUUAGAUUCAUCAAAUAGACUUGAUUAUGAAAUCUGAACUGUUACUGUUUUAAUACCUGUAGAUUUGUUUGUGGCUUUGUUUUUUUUUUGUUUCAUUUGCUUUUUUAAUUUUGUGCUACGCUAGUUUGCCAUGUAGCAAUUGCACUGUGCAAUAUUUACAGUAUGAGGACUGGGAAAACUAACUCUAUGGAUGUGAUGUCUAUUUACAGUUUGCGAUAGUGUUUCCUCUCUAGUUCUCAGUGAUUUAGGUGUGACCAAGCCUUCUCUACUUUGUCACAUUAAGCGGGUUUUCCAGGUGACUCUUUUGGUGAGUGUCAAAAUAAGACUUUAUGGUGUAUUAUUGUUAAGAUUCACUUUGAAUUAAAAAAAUCUAUUGAUGCA